UCUCGCCCCUUUCCUCCCGCCCCUCUGAUUGAUCGCCGAAAAGAAGCUUUUGGCAGCGUUCCGCUUCACCGCGGCAUCUCUAAAAGCACCCCAUCCGACGCCGACGCCACGCCCCGGAGCACUCACCAGACCCAACCUGCUCUCCUCACCUCACCUCAGCUCCCUCCCCACGUGCAAACGCGGCGCGGCGCCGGAGGAAUCGAUCGACAGAGGAGGCGGCGAUGAAGAAGUGCGCGUCGGAGCUGGAGCUGGAGGCCUUCAUCCGCGGCCGGGGCGCCGCCGCGGCCGCCGUCGCCGAGCAGAAGCCCGGGCACGCCGCCGCGGCCGCCGCCGGCACGCACGGGCCGUUCGGGGUGUUCUCCGCCGCCGACCUCGCCGGCUUCGGCUUCGCCGACUCGAAUACCCUCAAUGGAGGCAUUCACAAUCAUCUGUGGUCCCAGUCCCCAAACCUCGGUGCAAGGCUUCCUGCGGUCUCCACAACAAUCGACUCUCAGUCGUCAAUCUAUGCAGCAGCAAGUCCCACGUCAGCGACUAAUCUAAGUAUGAAAGAGAACCAAGGUUUCGGAGGCACCAGUGGUUCAGACUCCGACAGCGAAUCGAUGUUUGACAUGGAGGGUGGCCUGUGCGACCAGAGCACAAACCCAACUGACGUGAAGAGGAUGAGACGGAUGGUGUCCAACCGGGAGUCGGCUCGUCGAUCAAGGAAGAGGAAGCAAGCUCACUUAGUUGAGCUCGAGACACAGGUUGAUCAGCUCCGGGGCGACAACGCGUCCAUCUUCAAGCAGCUGACUGACGCCAACCAGCAGUUCACCACCGCGGUGACCGACAACCGGAUCCUCAAGUCGGACGUCGAGGCGCUCAGGGCCAAGGUGAAGCUGGCAGAGAAAAUGGUGUCGCAGGGCGCGCUGUCGUGCGGGCUGGGCCACCUGGGCCUGUCGCCGGCAGCUCUGGUCCCGGACGGGCUUGCCGGGCUGGACUUCCUCCCAGGCGGCGGCGCCGACGAUGCGUGCUUCGCGAGCCUGUCCCCGGCCGAGCAGGUGCAGGGCUCGCCGAUGCAGAGCAUGGCCAGCCUCGAGAGCCUCGAUCACGGUGGCCGGAUGCCCGGCGGCGGCGACGUCUGGGGCUGGGACUCCAACUCCAACGGCGCCUUGUCCAAGUGAGAGCCACGCAGACAGCUGCUGCUGCUGCCGCUACGUUCCACAUCUGCCUUAGUAAUCUGUAAGAGAGGGCGUCGUUGGGUUCUUACUAGCUGAUGAAAACUCCUGAUGGACUUGAGUUUUUCAGAGUCCUCUCGUGUCCUGUCAGUUACUAUCACUUAUCAGUACCUUACCUAUCGGUAUAUGUUUGUGCUAAGUGGCUAAACUCCGAUGCAUUAAUACUGUGGUAAUCCACUAUUAAAGAUCUUAAUUAGAAGAUGGUUGCAUUAGA